CAUUCCUUUCUGAAAUUUUAAGAGAAAGAUUUUACGUCGCUUAACAGUGGAAAAAUUGAAGUUAACCCUAAAAAAUCGAAAUGCAGAUCUUUGUGAAGACCUUAACCGGGAAGACUAUCACUCUGGAAGUUGAACCGAGCGAUAGUAUCGAAAAUGUGAAGACGAAAAUCCAAGACAAAGAAGGCAUCCCGCCCGAUCAACAGCGUCUCAUUUUCGCUGGCAAGCAACUCGAAGACGGCCGAACCCUAAGUGAUUAUAACAUCCAAAAAGAGUCUACUCUUCACCUGGUUCUUCGUCUGAGAGGUGGAAUGCAGAUAUUUGUGAAAACUCUGACGGGAAAAACCAUCACGCUUGAGGUCGAGCCGAGCGACUCCAUUGAAAAUGUGAAGACAAAGAUUCAAGACAAAGAAGGAAUCCCUCCUGAUCAACAAAGGUUGAUUUUCGCCGGCAAACAAUUGGAAGAUGGCCGCACUUUGAGUGACUACAACAUCCAGAAAGAAUCAACCCUUCAUCUGGUGUUGCGUUUAAGAGGAGGAAUGCAGAUUUUCGUCAAAACCCUCACAGGCAAGACAAUCACACUCGAAGUCGAACCCAGCGACUCCAUCGAAAACGUCAAAACAAAGAUCCAGGACAAAGAAGGCAUUCCACCCGAUCAGCAAAGAUUGAUAUUUGCUGGCAAACAGUUAGAAGAUGGCCGCACCCUGAGUGACUACAACAUCCAGAAAGAAUCAACCCUUCAUUUGGUGUUGCGUCUAAGAGGAGGAAUGCAGAUUUUCGUCAAAACCCUCACAGGCAAGACAAUCACGCUCGAAGUCGAGCCCAGCGACUCGAUCGAAAAUGUCAAGACAAAAAUCCAGGACAAAGAGGGUAUCCCACCCGACCAACAGAGGUUGAUUUUCGCUGGUAAACAGUUGGAAGAUGGCCGUACACUGAGUGACUACAAUAUCCAAAAAGAAUCCACCCUCCAUCUUGUUUUGCGUCUGCGUGGAGGCAUGCAGAUCUUCGUCAAGACCUUAACCGGAAAAACGAUCACGCUUGAAGUAGAGCCCAGCGACUCGAUUGAAAAUGUCAAAACAAAGAUCCAGGAUAAAGAGGGCAUCCCACCAGAUCAGCAGAGAUUGAUCUUUGCUGGAAAGCAGUUAGAAGAUGGUCGUACCCUGAGCGACUACAAUAUACAGAAGGAAUCCACCCUCCAUCUUGUGCUGCGUCUGCGUGGUGGCAUGCAGAUCUUUGUCAAGACCCUAACAGGCAAAACCAUCACCCUGGAGGUUGAACCCAGCGACUCCAUUGAGAAUGUUAAAACCAAGAUUCAAGAUAAAGAAGGCAUCCCUCCAGACCAACAGAGAUUGAUCUUUGCUGGAAAGCAGUUAGAAGAUGGUCGUACCCUGAGUGACUACAACAUCCAGAAGGAGUCAACCCUCCACCUUGUGUUGCGCCUGCGUGGUGGCAUGCAAAUCUUUGUCAAAACCUUGACAGGAAAAACCAUCACCCUUGAAGUUGAACCCAGCGACUCCAUUGAGAAUGUGAAGACCAAAAUCCAGGAUAAAGAGGGUAUUCCUCCAGACCAGCAGAGAUUGAUUUUUGCUGGCAAGCAACUUGAAGAUGGCCGCACUCUGAGCGACUACAACAUACAAAAAGAGUCAACUCUUCAUUUGGUGUUGCGUCUGAGAGGUGGACAGUAACAUCCCUGAACUUUGCUCUUACUAUUUGAUUGUUUUAAAAACUGCUUAAGGCAAAAAUUAUCCACUUUUUUUUGUAGGGUAAAAUUUUCUUUUUUGCAUCGUUUCAGUUAAUUAUUAUAAACAGGUUACAAUAACAUUUUUGCUUAGUCUAACUUUGGAGAGGUCCAAAAACUGUAAGAAGAUUUAAGUCAAUGCCUAAUAAAGUUUUGUUGAUGUGAA